CCAUCCCACUUGUAAACAUUUCAUUGAUUCAUUCCGGAAUAAAAUUAAUCGAAUGUGUAUUAUUGUUUUCAAUUCCAACAUAGCACAAUAUAAAUAAUAUCAGAAGUUUGUGGAAUUUAUUGGACUGUGUUUACAGUAGUUAUACUAAAACUUCAACGAUAGUCACAAUGAUUCGAAGACCUCUGUUGGAGCAGGUCAGGCAUUCUCACAAAAUGCCCACAUGGAAUAAGAAUCCACAUCUAGACAAAAUAAUUCGCGUGGACCACGCAGGCGAAUUAGGCGCAGACCGCAUCUACGCUGGUCAGAUGGCGGUACUGGGCAACACGGCAGAAGGCCCAACAAUUAAACACAUGUGGGAGCAAGAGAUAAAACAUAGGGAGAGGUUCGAACAGCUCAUCAACGAAUAUAGAGUGAGACCGACUCUGUUGACUCCGAUCUGGAAUGUCGCUGGAUUUGCGCUUGGCGCUGGCACUGCACUCCUAGGAAAAGAGGCGGCGAUGGCUUGCACAGUCGCCGUCGAAACUGUCAUAGUGGACCACUACAACGACCAGCUGCGCACCCUUAUGGAAGACCCGAACAUAGACAAGGAGAUACUGAAGACCAUAACCAAGUUCAGAGACGAGGAGCAAGAACACCACGACACUGGCAUAGACCACGGAGCAGAGCAGGCGCCGUUUUACAAAGCGCUUACCGAAGUCAUCAAAGCGGGGUGUAAGGCGGCCAUUGCAAUUUCUAAGAGGGUAUAGUGAGUCUGUAAAUUUAGUAGGUAGAAUAAAAAAAUAAUAUAUAUUUUUAGAGUUA